UAUUAUAUGUAGUAUAUGUAUGAGUGUAUGUAUGUACGUAUUUUGGAUGAUGUUCUCGAAAUUUUAUGGCUCUUUCCUUGAAGCACUAAUGGAAGUAAAGCAUUACUUGUCAAAGGCCAGUUUGGGUUACUGUAAUUGUAAUUUGUGUGUAUAGUACAACCAUAGGGAAAAAAAAGAAGAAAAAAUCACGAGGUCCCACCACUUCAAUGCUACAGUUUGAAACUACAAUUUCAGGGCCACUAUUUAAAAUCGAUAUCACUUUCUAAGGGGCGCAACAACCCAUUCUUUUCAGGGUGCCCCCCCCCGUCCUAACUGGUGUUCUGCCUAAAUGUCUACAUCGGCGAAAUACAGUGGCGCCACCAGGGGGUGGCCACGGCCACCCCGAUAAAUUGCUUGGCCACCCCACUGGCCACCCCGCUUGCCAGUAUAUCGUUAGAUUGUUGUAGCAUCAGUUAUGCAUUUCAUCCCAAAUGAAUGCAUUUGUUUUGUUUAGUUAAAUGUCGGGCUGUCAAAUUUAUCGCUUUAACGGGCGGUAAUUAAUUUUUAAAAAUUAAUCACGCGAAAAUAUUUAUCGCAAUUAACGCAUUAGCAGUACGACUCAUUCACGCAUUGCCGCAAACAGCCUACAAUGGCGCUGUUUUACUUAUAUACAGAGUUAGAGGCAGAGUGGAGUAGAUACAAGCAUUCAUUGGGGGCAUGCUUUUAAUUGGCAAAAGCUUUGUCAUCUCUCCCACAGCAACUAUAAAUAUUGUGGGAAGCAACGUGGAGAAGAAUGACAGGAGUUGAUUUUUUUCUUAACACCCUGUAAUGUACCCAACGCAGAGAAGAUAUAGCAUUUGCAGCCACCACACACAGUCAUGGUUGCACCACUUCCCAUCAUGCAUUUGGGAAGAACAGUUAAGUCGCUACAGUAUCAUUUACUGAAAGCUCAACAAAUACACUAGAUGGCAAUAUUUAGUCGCAAUAUACAAACUCACAUUUAUCCUUUAAGAAUUACAAGUCUUUCUAUCCGUCGAUCCCUUUCACAGAAAGUAUGUUCAUAAAGUUAAUGCCAUCUUGUGGAUUUAUUGUUAUAAUAAACAAAUACAGUACUUAUGUACAGUAUGUUGAAUGAAUAUAUCCGUCAUGUCUUAUCUUUCCAUUCCAACAAUAAUUUACAGAAAAAUAUGGCAUAUUUUAGAGAUGGUUUGAACUGCGAUUAAUUAUGAUUAAUUCAUUUUUAAGCUGUGAUUAAAUGGAUUAAAAAUUUUAAUCAUUUGACAGCCCUAGUUAAAUGUAUACCUUAUGCCUAAUAUAUAGACCUUACUCACCUACGUCACAAAAUGACGUGUCGCUGUAUCCGGCCGCCAUAUUGUCUGUCAUUUUUAGCCCUAUUCUCAAUGGUUUCAAUUAGUCGUGCAAUUUAUAGAGCAAUUCAUGGAAGCCCUGGUGUAAUCUGACGCUGUAAACUCAUUGGAUGCGUUGCAUAAAAGGCGUUAUGUGGAAAAGCUUCAGUUUAUCCAUUCGCCAGAUCCAUAUUUGAUGCCUAAAUCGAUGUUUUUCGACCCGCUGUCUUCGCCGUCUCUGCCUGACAUCUGCUACCCUGAUAUUUACAACUAUCUUGUCCACACAAAAUCAGCCUAUUCUCACGAAAGUUUGAAAAACUUUAAGAGCUUGGAGGCUUACAAAUACUUCGUUGCCGGUUGGGUGAAACAGGUCCUCGUCCACGAAAAUUCGGCAGGAAUCUAUCUUGUGCUCGGGAAGGUGAGUUACGAUAUUUUCAAUUCAAAAUCUUUUGUUCUUGCUAACAUCCACUGUCAAGUCUAAUGUAUUUCAUGUCAUUUGUCAAUGGAGCUAGGGCUUUUAAUGUUUAUAUGGUUUAGCGAUAGCACUCUCACUACAUACAUAUAUAAUAUGUAAUAAAUAUGAAGUGCGAUAGCACUACUCCAGAUUGUCCCUAGUUGAAUUAUUUUUUUGGCUUUUGACCUCAAUAGUGAAAUUGUAAAUUAAUUGCAUGAUAACAGUCUUAUUAUCCCUUAUAAUUAUAUAUUUUCAGGUAGUUCAUUCACAACGUCUGAGUGUAUGUUGUCGGCGAUUAGCCUACCAAUGAUCUUAAUUGUGGUUGUCAGAGCAAAACCCUCUAAAUAUAUAUUAAAUGCAUCUUACUAGAUAUAAAAUGACUACUACAUAAUCUGUGGUAAUUGUUUGGAGCCCAGUUUUCUCGUCGAAUUGCAGCAGCCCAUCUCGCUCUCCUCUCCGGGUCUCUCGGAAUCCGGUAGAACUUCAAGUCUCUCCGUCUAUCUUCUCUGUUAUUGCAACCGACCGCCACACACGACUUCACCAUUUUGAUUACUAAUAUUAACGAGCAGAAAAACACGCCAUAAUAGGAGGAAUUUACGUAGCGGUAAUGCAUCAAUAGUGACAAGUUGACGGACAAUAUGGCGCGGGGGCAUGAUUGUGACGUCAUGUGAGUAGGGUCUAUAUCAGUAGUUGUGUUCUUAAGUCUUUCUGAUGGUUUUCCCCUGACCUUUUUACUGCACUAAUAUAAUGAAAACCUGAAAUUAUGCCUUUUAGUUUUGGUGUGCCACCCCAAGAUUUUAAGUGGUCCCAUCUGGCCACUCCUAUGAAAAAUUUCUGGAGGCACCACUGGCGAAAUGUCCUACAUGAGGCGUAUUUGACGCCCAAAGUGCUACCGUGCGCUCUCAAUUUGUUUUGUUUGGAUGCGUACAGGCAGAAUGCUAAAAUGCCUUAUGAAAAUACUUACAGUAAUUGUAGUUAUAUCAAAUAAGGAUGGUUUAAAGUGCGUACGACAGGAGAAAAAAAGUCUUAAAUAGGAUUAUUAUAUGAAUCAGAAUCAUAUUUUAAGACGAUUCGACUAUUUACAACAAUUUAGCAAAGCACAGAUGACGAGAAAUUAGCCGCCUACCAUUAAAGGACUCUUGAUUUCAUCUAAUUUAGUAUGCAGCCCAUUGAGGGGGAAUGAUUCAGAACGAGGAAAACACGACGAGGAGAGCCGCAAAAUACCAUUGUUUCAGUCUCUAAACUCCAGACAUGUUCAAAGUCCGGCCCGGGGGCCAAAUGUGGCCCGUGGUCAGAUUUCAUCCGGCCCCCAGCCUCUGUCAUAAAAACAAUAACGUCUGGCCCGCACACAGACUUCAUUAAUUGGUCAGCAGUACUGCUACAAGCAUAUGAAGUAGCUUACACACUAAAUGCUGCUCCUCAUUUACCCACUAAAAGGGAGCAGCACUCUAAGCAACAUUAUACAUGUGACCCUUUAUUCCCAAUUUUCUAAAAUGGCGACAAUCAACAACGAAAAAAGUUGACUGCAACGGCUGGCGCUUCAAGGAUAGGUGGAAACUGGACUAUUUUGUCACUAAAAUACGCAACGACUGUGUCUGCCUCAUUUGCAAAGAGACAGUCGCUGUUUUUAAAGAGUUCAAUAUGAGGCGAUAUUACCUAACAAGACACACUGACAUGUACGAUAAGAUUACAGGGUAGAUACGUAGAGAGAAAUUGAAGCAACUUGAAGCUAGUUUAAUUUCACAGCAGCAGUAUUUCGCAAGAGCCCAAGAGUCAAAAGAGAACGCCACAAAGGCUAGUUGCAAAAUUGUUGAAAUUAUAAAAAAAAAAAAAAAAAAAAGUAGCGCUGCAAUCGAUUAACUCGAGUAUUCGAUUAGAAAAAAAAUAUUCAAACUAAAUUUUGUUGCUACGAGUAUUCGUUUAAUUGAAGUGGCAUUGUAAUGGUUGAUUUUAAAAGUGUUUGCAUUUCAUUUUACUGAUGAGGGUGGAUACAAUGCCCACUGGUCUGCCUCUUUUCACAUGGCUGAAUCCAACUGCUCCCUGUUAAGACCAACAUAAGCUAAGUUUUUGUUUGAGCGAAUGUUUUUUUAAUGGUAAAUGGUGUUACACUUAUAUAGCGCUUUUCCACCUUUCAAGGCGCUCAAUGCAUUCUUAAUUUAGUUUGUAGGUAUAUUUAGCCGUUUUUUGUGGGAAUAUUGUCUGAACCACUUGUUAAGAGCAUUGUAAAAAAAAAAAGUUUAGCAUUUUAUAGCAUUUAAGCUAGCAGACUUUUUCUGUCCAAGUUAGCCAAUUGUUCUUAUGUCGUACACAGAUCCUCAUUUAAAAAAAGAUUCGUUUGAGGCUCAGCUCAGGUGUUUUAAUUUUUCAUGUUCCUUACCCGAUUACUCGAUUAUUCGAACAAACUAGUCCAUCCAUUAAUCGACUACUAAAAUAUUCGAGAGCUGCAGCCCUAUAACAAAGCAAAUGUGACUCACAGAACAGCUUGCUAAAAUUUGCUUAAAUAUAUUGUUCUAAGUAAAGGACGUCAGCCAAGGUUGUCCCGCCACAUUUUUACCACACCAAAUCUGGCCCUCUUUGCAAAAAGUUUGGACACCCCUGCUCUACUCCAAUAUUUUUAUAGGAUAUUCUUUUUAUCCAAGUAUUUUUUCCCCAAGAGCUAAAUAAAUGGCGUGGUCAUGACAAAUAACAGUCUUGUGCUAAAUGGAACAUGAAAUAAUAAAAAUGCAUUUAUUCAGGACGACAUGGCAAAAUUACUCCAUAAUGGUCAAAACUUUCGACUUCACCCUUACUGUCACAUCUCCCGAAUUAUACUUUAUGCCACCUAAAUCGGGUUUAUGUCAUUUCUCUUCUCCAGCUUCGGAGAAUGUGAACAAACCAAGAGGCGUGAGAGCUAGCCGACAUGCUAUCCCGAACCGAGUGAUGUUUCAAAAUCUUCGAAGCGGAAAAUCACACUAGAUUUGUCUGAGAGCCAGAUGCAGCCGUCAAAAGAGCCAUAUCUGGCUCGCCAGCCAUAGGUUCCCAACCCCUGAUCUAAUGUGAAGCGAAGUGAAACGGCAUGAUAAUCCAGUGUGUGAGUCAUGGCUCCCCAACUUGACAGAGCACAUACUUCUCAUGUGUUUGUCUUGUUCCCUUUCAGGCCUGAGAUAAGAUUGCAUUGACAUGAGCCAAUGCAGAUUUUAAGCGGAUGUUUUGAAGGCGACAAGUAUAAACGCUCGCAAUGAACGUAUCAGCUCUGUUUACGUACAUGUUCCCACAGUGACUGGGAAAUGAAAAACUACUUGCUGUUGAGGGCAAAUGCAUUCAAAAGUGCAGGUUGGAUGAUUCUGCCUGUUUGUUUCGCCAACAAAUGACAGGAAACCUUAGAGUCACCUUGUUGCUUUUGGCAUUGUUUUUGCUGUUUUCAAAAUUUCCUAACUUCAGACAGCAACACCUAUUCAUGUUGGUCAGUGUAUUCUUGCUGUGUAAACAAUGUAUAAUCAUACUAAUUGACCAUGCAUUAACUACUCUUUGUUGUUUUUAGGUUGAAUGCAUGCUUCAGCGUCAUUUCCACUCCACUUGAAAAAGAAUUUGGCACACUGUUGUGAUAAAAGGGAUGAAUGAGGGUCACUCUGCUACGACCCUCCUGAGAAGGUGCCACCUCGCCCUGUCCAAGCCCGACACCGACGCCCCUGUCCCGGCUCGCCAAUCUGUCGAUCCCGCUGAUGGCGACGUCUCACAGACUGAGAAUGAUGGGCAGUUCUUGUCGGAGUUCUCAGACUUGUUUGAGAGUCUGGACGGCUCGCCAUCUAAUCAGGACUCAAGGCAGGUCACAGCCCAGGAGCUGGUUCAGCCUGCUGAUGGGAGACAAAACCUGCGGAUGAAGUUCCAAGGCGCUUUCAAAAAGGGCAUUUCCAACCCAAUGGAUUUACUGGAAUCCACCAUAUACGAAUCAAGUGUGGUUCCAGGUCCAAAGAAAGCACCAAUGGAUUCCCUCUUUGAUUACGGCACCUACAGGAACAGUAACCAGAAACGACGCAGGAAGAAGCUACCAAGAGGUAAAACAGAGACAUCCAAUGAAGACGGUCCAAGUGAGGAUGCUCCAAAGGUUAUGAAAGUUUUCAACCGCUCUCUCCUCUUUGAAUGUGUGUCACGUGGCGAUCCCGAAGCCUUAGAGGGCCUGUUGGAGUACUUGCAAAGUAACGAGAAGAGGUUGACGGAUGAAGAGUUCAAAGAGCUGUCCACUGGUAAGACAUGUCUUCCUAAAGCCCUGUUGAACCUCUACAGUGGGCAGAACGACACCAUCCCACUGUUGGUGGACAUAGCAGAGAAGACAGGAAGCCUGAGAGAGUUUAUCAACACACCUUUUAGGGAUGUUUACUAUAGAGGCCAGACGGCACUCCACAUUGCCAUCGAGCGCCGCUGUAAACAGUACGUGGAACUAUUGGUGGAGAAAGGGGCUGAUGUUCACGCACAAGCCAGAGGACGCUUUUUCCAGCCCAGGGACGAGGGUGGCUACUUCUACUUUGGUGAGCUGCCUCUCUCACUGGCCGCGUGCACCAAUCAGCCAAACAUUGUGCAUUAUCUGACCGAGAAUCCUCACAAGAAGGCUGACCUGAGGCGCCAAGAUUCCCGUGGCAAUACGGUCCUGCACGCCCUGGUUCACAUUGCCGACAACACCAAAGACAACACCCGUUUCCUCACCAAGAUGGAUGACCUGAUUCUGAUCAAGAGCGCCAAACUUUACCCAGAUUGCAGCCUGGAGAGGGUGGUCAAUAACGAUGGGAUGUCACCUCUUAUGAUGGCAGCCAAACUCGGGAAGAUCGGGGUUUUUCAACAUAUCAUUCGACGUGAAAUCAAAGACGAGGACGUCCGUCAUCUGUCACGCAAGUUUAAAGACUGGGCUUAUGGACCAGUGUACUCAUCCUUGUAUGAUCUAUCUUCGUUGGACACCUGUGGAGGUGAACCUUCUGUGCUGGAGAUACUUGUUUACAACAGUCGCAGUGAGAUCCGUCAUGAGAUGCUGGCAGUGGAGCCCAUAAAUGAACUGCUGAGGGCUAAGUGGCAGAAAUUUGCAGCCGUGACCUUUUACAUCAAUGUAGUUUCCUACCUAUUCACCAUGAUCGUCUUUACCCUGGUGGCUAUUUAUCACCCGACACAAGGAACGCCCCCGUACCCUUAUACAACAUCCAGUGACUACUUGCGGAUGACAGGAGAGGUCAUCACAUUAGCAUCCGGAAUUUUCUUCCUCCUUACCAACAUUAAGGAUCUCUUCUUGAAGAAGUGCCCUGGGGUGAAGUCGUUAUUUAUUGAUGGAUCCUUUCAACUGCUGUAUUUCAUUUACUCGAUUCUGAUCAUAGUAACAGCCGCUCUGUACUUGUCUGGUAUUGAGGCUUAUGUGUCUGUGAUGGUUUUUGCUCUUGUCCUGGGAUGGAUGAACACACUUUACUUCACCAGAGGCCUCAAGCUCACUGGUACCUACAGCAUCAUGAUACAGAAGAUUCUGUUCAAAGAUCUGUUCAGGUUUCUACUGGUGUAUGUCCUUUUCAUGAUUGGCUACGCUUCAGCCCUGGUAUCCCUCCUCACUGUGUGCCCUCCCCCUGGCACGGACUGUGACGAUGGCUGCCCGACGUACCCAAAGUGCAGGGACCCUGACACCUUCAGUACUUUCUUACUGGACCUCUUCAAACUGACCAUCGGGAUGGGAGAGCUGGACAUGAUCCACAGUGCUCAAUACCCGGCAGUUUUCCUCAUUUUAUUAGUGACCUACAUCAUCCUCACCUUUGUGCUGCUGCUCAACAUGUUGAUCGCCUUGAUGGGGGAGACGGUUGGCCAGGUGUCAAAGGAGAGCAAAAAGAUUUGGAAGCUGCAGUGGGCAACAACCAUCUUGGACAUCGAACGCUCAUUUCCAGUUUGCAUUCGCAAGUCAUUUCGAGUUGGUGAGAUGGUGACUGUUGGGAAGAACUGGGAUGGAACGCCUGACCGACGAUGGUGCUUCAGAGUGGAUGAGGUGAACUGGUGCCACUGGAAUCAAAACCUGGCAAUAAUCAAUGAGGACCCAGGCAAGAAUGAGACCUGUCAAGCCAAUGGUCUUCAGCAAAGUGUCCGAGGCUUGAGGAGGGACCGCUGGUCCACUGUUGUUCCACGGGCAGUGGAGUUAAGUCGGGGUCCUCGGCCUCGUGAUCUUGUCAUAGAAAUGGAACCCCUCACAUCCCGUCACUGAAGAAAUAUUGCUGUGAUUCAAUAGUAAGACAGCAGAUCACUCAGCUCAGUCAAGAAAUGGCACAAUCUGCAGAUACUUGCCAUUUAAUCAUGGGACCUAAGCAGAAAUAUUAUUUCUUGAUGAUCAAUGGGUUUGUAAAGAGCCUUCAUAAACUUGAGACUCGAUGUGGAACAUGUAUUACCUAUUGCUGCAUUUUACUCAGGGAUUUCAGGCAUAGUAUUCCUAUAUUGAGUCAUGAUUUAUCCUACACAGAAUCAUAAUUAGUGGAUCAUUGCACUAAGAGUGCAAACAUUGUUUUAAAAAGUAUAAAUUAACUAUCUCACUGGAAGAAAAAUACAGCAAUAAAUAUUUAUAAACAUCUAGGUAGGAUUGUUUUUUUUAUGUAUGUAGAUGAUGUAACCAUAGUGUCUAUAUGCUGGUUGUAGUGUAUUUCCAUAUGGCAUUAACUAAUUUGUUUUCAAACUUGUCUCAAGCUUUAGCUGCCAGCUUAGUCAGGCAGUUUAUAAUGGAAGCAAACAAUGCACUGUGCUUAUUUUUAUUAUGCGCAUUAUUGUGGCAAAACACAGACAUUGUUCGACAAAAAUGGGCCUGAUGAGCAAGGUUACAGUUGUCAAGCAAGUACUAGACAAUAGCCUCCCGUGUUGUGGUUUGUCUUUGAAUUUCCAGAGUUAUUGUUCCUCGUCUGUGGGAAAUUUCCAUAAUCGACACGGAGGUCUUACUUCUAUUUACUACAGUAUAUUCAGUGCAUUUGGCUCCUUGCCCUAUACAAGGUCUUGGUUUUCUGCUUCCUAAUUAUGUCUACGCUACAUGUAUGCGUGGCCAUGUUUGAUUUACCAUGCUUUUAUUUGAACACUUAUUCUUACGCUUAUUACCUGAAGGUCACAGGUAGUCACAUUCCACUGUUUACAUUCCUGUUUCAAAUAUUUUAUAAAGUUGACAGUUGGUUGCAAAUAAUAAACAGAGGUUUGUUCUUUCUUGUCCAACUGUAUGUCAAUCACACAGUUUGUAGUGGAUGCUUUUUAGUAUGGUUUAAGACAGUAGAAUAUGUUCUCCGAGAAAUAUGACAAAUGUUGGUGGUUUGCAUGUCUGCCUCACAGUUUAGAUGCUAAGUGUUCGAAUUGAAGCUUGUUCCUGUACUUGUGUGAUUCUUUUUAUCCAUUACACAAACAUACGUAUAAUGGGACUUGACUUAACUAACUUCAGCAGGGCCGAAACCAAAAGUGGUUUUUGCCAUGUGGCGUUUUUUUUUUGCCAUGUGGGAAAAAUUUUUUGCAA